AUGUCAACAUCAGCAUCAUCUUCGUAUUUAGAUGACGAAACAACUUGGGACUCUUUUAAUUUAGAUCCACGUUUAUUGCAGGCUAUUGAUCAAUUGGGGUUUUCUAAUCCCACAUUGAUUCAAAGCAGUGCCAUCCCAUUGGCAUUAGAAGAAAAAAGGGAUAUUAUCGCUAAAGCAUCAACCGGUUCAGGUAAAACUGCAGCAUAUUGUAUUCCAAUAGUGAAUAAUUUGUUAACUAAUGACUCAACUCAAGGUAUAAAAAGUAUAAUAUUAGUACCAACUAGAGAAUUAUCUAAUCAAGUUUUCCAAUUUAUUGAAAAAUUAUUGAUAUUUAGCAAUAACAAGAUUAAUAUCUUGAACUUGUCUUCAAGUUAUAGUGACCAAGUUUUAAACUCCUUGUUAGUUAAUAAACCAGAAAUAAUUAUUUCCACACCAGCUAAAUUGAUUCAAAUUCUAGAGAAAAACGAAAAGAAUAUUGACUUGACCACAGUGAAAAACUUGACCAUUGAUGAAGUUGAUUUGGUGUUAUCGUUUGGAUAUUUAGACGACUUGAAAAAAUUGGAAAGUUAUUUACCGGUAAAGAAAAAUUUGCAAACAUUUUUAAUGUCGGCUACUGUGAAUGAUGAUUUAGAUGAUUUAAAACAAAGGUAUUGUACUAAACCUGCUAUAUUAAAAUUGAAUGAAGAUGCAGCUAGUCAAAAUAAGUUGGUCCAAUAUUAUGCCAAAACAACAGAGUUUGACAAGUUCUUAUUAGCAUAUGUGAUCUUUAAAUUAAACUUGAUCAAAGGUAAAACCAUUGCUUUUGUAAAUAACAUUGAUAGAGGAUACAGAUUGAAAUUAUUUUUGGAACAAUUUGGAAUUAGAUGCUGCAUUUUGAAUAGUGAGUUGCCUAUCAAUUCGAGACUACACAUUGUUGAAGAGUUUAAUAAAAAUGUUUAUCACUUACUUAUAGCAACAGAUGAGACAAAUGAAUUAAAUGAAGAGCAAGAUGAAGACGAUGAUGAUGAGGGUGAAGGUGAAAUUGAGACCAAACUGAAGAAAUCGAAAAAGUCAAAAUUCAAACAAGACAAAGAAUAUGGUGUUUCUCGAGGUGUGGAUUUCAGAAACGUUGCUUGUGUGUUGAAUUUCGAUUUGCCAACCUCUUCAAAGGCAUAUAUUCAUAGAAUUGGGAGAACAGCGAGAGCAGGCAAAGCUGGUAUGGCACUUUCCUUUGUGUUGCCGUUAUCUGAAUUCGGUAAGCAUAAGACUGCAUCUUUACCAAGUGCAAAGAAAGAUGAAAAGGUCUUACGCCGUAUAGUCAAGCAACAAUCGAAAAACGGAUUUGAAAUCAAGCCUUACCAAUUUGAUAUGAAACAGGUUGAAGGAUUCCGCUAUCGUGCUGACGAUGCAUUCAGAGCAGUGACCCAAACUGUUGUAAGAGAGGCAAGAGUUAAAGAAUUGAAAAAUGAGUUGAUUAAUUCUGAAAAAUUGAAACGAUUUUUUGAAGAAAACCCACAAGACUUGGCAAGUUUAAGACACGAUAAAGAGUUGCACCCAGCUAGAAUCCAAUCUCAGUUGAAAAAUGUUCCACAAUAUCUUUUACCUGAAAGUGCCAGACUGGAUGUAAAAAAUAUUGGGUUUGUUCCCUUCCAUAAAAAUAAGAUACAUAAACACAGAAAGGGUAAGGGCAAAGGUAGGAAAAAAGUAGAUCCAUUAAAAUCAUUUAGAAAGUAG